AUGCAGCCCCGGGUACGUUUCAACGCGAAAGCCAGGCGGAGCUCUCAUAAGAAGAGGCAAAACACGGAGGAGCUCCCUGAUCCGAAUGCGACCAUAGUGGUCCCCAAAAGCGAGGCGGAGAAGGAGCACGAGAGGAGAAGACGCUUAAGGGAAGAGAUGCUUGCGGAGUCUAACUCCAAAGCUAGUAGCAAGAAGAAAAAGAGACUGGACAAGUAUAUUGAGAAGAAGCUGAAGCAGGAAGAACGUGUCGAGUUGUUUCAGAAACUAUCGAAGAGUCAGGCUCAAGGGACGUCUGGUCUCAACCUGCAGUCCUCUGCAACUCUUGGCACUGGUCACCCAAUCACUCACCGGCAGCGUUUGGAUGAGCAAGAAGACAAGGAAGUCAGACGAGCCAUGGACGGGAGAGCCGGAACGACCAAACGACGUCGCCAAAACGCCCUUGCAUCGUCCGCAUACCCGAGCGAUCCGGAGGCCAGUGGGGAUGACAUGGACGUAGAUGUUGGCGGUGGCGUCCUGUCAAGAACUGAGGAGAUGGAAGACGUGCCCGAGGGCUUGUCGCGAUCAAAGCCCGUCGUAAUCGUGGACUCCGGGUUCUCCACGGCUGUACAAGACGAUGAGUUAGACGAGACGUCGUCUGCACCCGUGGCCGUGGGCAGCGCCCUGAAACGCAACGCGGAUGGCUCAUUUAUCGCACCAAAGGUCUUCAAGAGGCAACCUCGCAAUGCCAAGGGCGUGUUCGGCACGUGGAAGACCAAAUCCACGAGAAGAGGACCUACGGAGCCAGACUCCGACACUUCGUUCGACAGUUCUGAUUCGGCUUUCGAUCCAGAUGAAGAACAUGACGAUGCCUCAGACUCGGAGGGCGAGCGCGGGAGCUCCGAAGAUUCUUCUUCAUCUGCGGAUGAGGAAGGCGAAGACACAUCCGCGAAAACGCUUGAAGAGGAGCCGCAGGACAACAAGCGCAAACGUCUGGGCUUCAAGGAAUGGGCAGUCACACAACUUAGCGCAGCUAAGGGCUAUGUUGCACCUCCAUCUCGUGAAGAUACGUCAGAAGUACCCCCGGAGAAUCUCGAGCAUCCGCCACCACCGAAGAAGAAGCGGAAGAAGACUAUUCCAGACGGACCUACGGAGAUGCGUGGUCCUCUUGGCGAAGUUCUGCAACUACCGAAAACUUCCCUCGCCGAGCAUAUUCAGAAGACAGCUUCUGAUUCUUCGGGGAGAGGCGCAAAAGGACGCAAGGCUAUUGCAGUCUCUCGUCCAUCAGAUGUCGAGGAAGCGAGAUUACUCCUCCCAAUCGUCUCGGAAGAGCAGCCGAUCAUGGAGGCAAUUUUGCUCAACUCUGUUGUGGUCAUAUGCGGUGAGACUGGAAGCGGGAAGACCACUCAAGUUCCUCAAUUCUUGUACGAAGCCGGCUUUGGAACACUGGGAAGCGACAACCCAGGAAUGAUAGGCGUGACCCAACCAAGACGAGUGGCCGCAAUGUCGAUGGCAUCUCGUGUCGCUCACGAGUUGUCCUUGACAUCCACCAAGGUCUCUUACCAGAUCCGAUACGACGCAACAGUAUCAUCGUCGACAGUCAUCAAGUUUAUGACUGACGGUGUCCUCUUGCGGGAGUUGGCGACGGACUUUCUUCUCAACAAGUACUCCGUUAUCAUCAUCGAUGAAGCCCACGAGCGGAGCAUGAACACAGAUAUUCUUAUAGGCGUUCUCAGCCGUGUGGUCAAAUUACGCGAGGAAAUGUGGAAAGAGGGCAAGGACGAAAUCAAGCCUCUACGGCUUAUCAUCAUGUCAGCCACUCUACGAGUUUCCGACUUUGCGGAAAACACGGCUUUGUUCUCGUCGCCUCCGCCAAUCAUCAACGUACCCGCUCGACAACAUCCCGUUACCGUCCACUUCAGUCGUCGCACCUCUUCGGAUUACGUAUCUGAGGCGAUCAAGAAGACCUGCAAGAUUCACUCUCGGCUGCCUCCGGGUGGUAUCCUCAUUUUCCUCACUGGUCAAAAUGAGAUUACCGGUGUUUGUAGAAAGUUGGAGGCGAGAUACGGGAAGAAGGCGCUUGAGGAGCGGAAGAAGUCCAGACAGUCUCUUCAAUCUCGACUGAGUUCGCUCGCAACCAAGUUGGGAGAAGACAGUGAUAAGGGUCGCACCGUCGCACCAGCGCAUGCCGACCAAGCGGAUGAAGCCCUUGCUUUCGACGUUGAUGGAGAGGUUGACGCUGAAGCGCUGGAAUCCGAUGACGAGGAUGGAAAUGAUGAGCUGGGGAUCGACACUGAAGAGUCAGACGUUCCGAUGCAUAUUGUCCCGCUCUAUGCCCUCCUACCAAGUGAGAAGCAGAUGCAAGUAUUUCAGCCCCCUCCAGAAGGGACUCGGCUCGUUGUCGUCUCCACCAACGUCGCCGAAACCUCUCUCACCAUCCCGGGCAUCCGCUACGUCGUCGACUGCGGGCGCGCCAAAGAGCGGCGGUACGACGUUGCGAACGGCAUCCAAGCUUUCCAAGUCAGCUGGACAUCCAAGGCCUCCGCCGCACAACGCGCCGGCCGCGCGGGACGUACCGGCCCAGGCCACUGCUACCGCCUGUACUCGUCCCCACUGUUUGAGCACUACUUCGAGCAGUUCGCGCAGCCCGAGAUCCUCCGUAUGCCCAUCGAGGGUGUCGUCCUUCAGAUGAAGAGCAUGCACAUCGAUGCCGUCGUCAACUUCCCGUUCCCAACUCCCCCGGACCGCACCAGCCUGCAGAAGGCCGAGAGGGUCCUCACUCAUCUUGCGGCCCUUGCCCCGGCCGCGGGUGGACUCAAGGUCGGCGGGGCCAUCACGGACGUUGGGCGGACGAUGGCGCUGUUCCCGCUUUCGCCCCGCUUCUCGCGUAUGCUCGUGAGUGGCCGACAGCACGGCUGCCUGCCGUAUGUCAUCGCGAUCGUGUCCGCGUUAGAAGAAGCGCUGGAAAAGGAAAAGGAAUCGGACGAUGAAGACGAAGACGACGAAGAGCUCCGCCAUCUGACCGGCGAUGCUGCCCGCGCGAAGGAGCUCCAUUCGGCCUUGGGAAACUCGACGAGCGAUAUCCUGCGCAUCCUUUCAGUGGUUGGAGCGUACGAAUAUGCAGGUGGUGGACACAAGUUCUGCGAAGAGCACUUUGUUAGGCCGAAGGCGAUGGAAGAGAUCCAUAAACUCCGUGCGCAGAUCAGCUCUAUCGUGCAAACCAACUUCCCCGAUAUCUCUACCGGCUUCGAGUCAAACAUACCCCCGCCCUCCCCUCUCCAACUCAAGGUGCUCCGUCAGCUCGUCGCCGCCGGCUUCAUCGACCAGAUCGCCGGUCGCACGGAGGGUGCCGGGACGCAAUACACGACCGCGCGGGGCGUCGCGUACCGUGCGCUCGGCAUCCCCGACGAGGAUGUUUUCCUCCACCCAUCGUCGGUGCUCGCGGGUGGGUCGCCGCCGGAGUACGUAACAUAUCUCGAGGUCGUGAGGACGAGCAGGGUCUAUCUCAAAGGCCUCACCGUCGUCAACCCCGCCUGGCUGUCCGCGCUGGGCAAGGCCCUCUGCACGUACUCGAAGCCGGUCACGAACAAGCACGGCGAGCGAGUCGUCGUCCCGCGCUUCGGCCCGCACGGCUGGGAGCUCCCGCCGAUCAAGGAGACCGAGGCGGCCAAGUCGACGUGA